GGCACAGACAAUGUGGCCCUGGACAACGCAGCAGAUAUCGCCGUCAUUGUGGUUUACUUCGUGGUCGUCCUGGCUGUGGGAAUAUGGGCUAUGGUUCGCACCAACCGAUCCACUGUCGGUGGCUUCUUCCUUGCAGGGAGGAGUAUGGUGUGGUGGCCGAUUGGAGCAUCACUCUUUGCCAGCAACAUCGGCAGUGGCCACUUUGUAGGAAUCGCCGGGACCGCUGCAGCCACAGGGAUAGCCAUCGGUGGAUUUGAAUGGAAUGCUCUUAUUGUGGUCGUCAUUCUGGGAUGGCUCUUUGUACCCAUCUACAUCAAAGCUGGGGUGGUCACCAUGCCUGAGUACCUGAAGAAGAGGUUUGGAGGACAGCGUAUUCGCAUCUAUCUCUCUGUGCUGUCCCUCUUCCUGUACGUCUUCACCAAGAUCUCAGCAGACAUGUUCUCUGGCGCCAUUUUUAUCAACCAGGCUCUUGGACUGAAUAUCUACCUUGCUGUUAUUAUACUACUUCUGAUCACUGCGCUGUAUACUGUCACAGGUGGACUGGCUGCAGUGAUCUACACAGACACCUUACAGACCAUCAUCAUGGUUGUUGGAUCAUUCAUCCUUAUGGGCUUUGCUUUCAAUGAGGUGGGAGGCUAUGAAAGCUUCCAGCAGAAAUAUAUGGAGGCCAUCCCUUCUAUGACAGAUAACAUCAGUGCAAACUGCUACGAGCCUCGAGCGGACUCCUUCCAUAUUUUUAGGGAUGCAAUUACAGGAGACCUGCCGUGGCCUGGCCUCGUGUUUGGACUCACCAUUCAGGCCACCUGGUACUGGUGCACCGAUCAGGUGAUUGUCCAGCGCUGCCUCUCAGCCAAGAAUUUAUCUCACGUUAAGGCAGGCUGUAUCUUAUGUGGCUACCUGAAGCUGCUGCCCAUGUUCCUCAUGGUUUUCCCCGGGAUGAUCAGCAGGAUCCUCUAUGCUGAUACGGUGGCAUGUGUGGAACCCGCUGAAUGUGAAAAACUGUGUGGGACCAGUGUGGGCUGCACCAACGUUGCUUAUCCAAAACUGGUGGUGGAGCUCAUGCCUGAUGGUCUGCGAGGUCUUAUGUUGUCAGUGAUGCUGGCCUCUCUGAUGAGCUCACUUACCUCCAUCUUUAACAGCGCCAGUACGCUCUUCACAAUGGACAUCUACACUAAGAUUCGCCGCUCAGCCACUGAGAAAGAACUCAUGAUUGCUGGCAGAGUGUUUAUCUUGGGCCUGAUUGGGGUGAGCAUAGCGUGGAUCCCUGUGGUCCAGUCAGCCCAGAGUGGUCAGCUCUUUGACUACAUCCAGUCCAUCACCAGCUACCUUACACCACCUAUUGCAGCUGUCUUCAUGCUGGCCAUCUUCUGCAAACGUGUCAAUGAGACAGGUGCUUUUUGGGGCCUCAUGAUUGGCCUGGGUAUCGGCCUGUCCAGGAUGAUUGCUGAGUUUGCUUAUGGGACAGGCAGCUGUGUUCAGCCCAGUGACUGUCCCACCAUCAUAUGUGGAGUCCACUACCUCUACUUCUCCAUCAUCCUGUUUGUUGUCUCCUGUAUCAUCAUCCUGGGCGUCUCUCUUAUGACCAAACCGAUCGCCGACAAGCACUUGUAUCGACUGUGUUGGAGCCUGAGGAAAUCUACAGAGGAGAGAGUGGACCUUGAACAGGAUGAUUGGGUUGAUAACGAAGAUUCUGACAGCAUGAGCCUAGACGGUAAUCAACACACAUACAAACACGAGGAGGAGCCAGGCUUUUUCAAGAAGGCAAUGAUGUGCUUCUGCGGCCUGGAGCAGAAAAAAGGCCCGCAGCUGAGUGCAGAAGAGAAGGAGGAGCUGCAGAAGAAGCUCACAGACACCACAGAGGUGCCUCUAUGGAGGAACAUCGUCAAUGCCAACGCCCUCAUCCUCCUGUGUGUGUGUGUCUUCUGUCACGGCUUUUUCGCUUAA